AUGGCGCUCCUCACGGUCCUGCUAUUUGAUUUCCUUCUCCUCGUGGUCCUCGGCAGGCUGGUGUACAAGUCAUCUCACUCAAUCCUGCUAAGCAUCCUCAACCGCAUACAGUCCGCAGCAGAUCGAGGCGCUCAAAGGCGCGCACAGGUUCACGCCUCUUCCACCGCACCAAGAUCCAUCCCCGGCGACACUGCGCGCCCCGCUACACAGACUAGCGCCCGCCUACACCGUCGAGGCGGCAUCCGAGGAACCGUAGUCGAAGAGAGCGACGCUGAUCGAGACGCUCCGGAAAUUCCUCUUACACACCGGCACCUUCUCAGCCAGCGGGUGCAACAGCGCCUGUUGGCCCUGGAACGGCGACCUCCUCCACUGGCGCGCCCUGACACAUCUUGCCACGCCGACUGGAUCGCAGUAUCUGAUCCCACCACCCGGCUUGAACUGCCCUACUCCCCCAAGCUCAUCGGUGUCGCACACGCCCUCUGCCUGGAGCUAGCCGCGACGCGGCCUGUUCGGUCCAUGCUGGGAGCUCUCGCAGCCACGGUCGGCUACCAAGGGGCAGUCAAGCCUCACAGCGGGGUCGGGCCGGACAUUGGCGCCUUUCGACGUUUGCCGCAGGAGCUGGUCACUGAGAUCAUACUGCAAUCGGCCGCUCCCAGCCUAUCGCCCGAGGAACCGCAGUCGUCGCCGGUCAGCAUCCUUCUGCUGUCCAAGCAGUAUCACAAGCUCCUGCUCCCCAAGCUCUACCAUACCGUCUCCCUGCACAACGCGUUCGCAUUCCGCAACUUUAGACUCACCCUGGCUUUGCACAACCCCUCUCUGGGCAAGCUGGUUCGAAGGCUACAGAUCGGUUCGGCCCAGUUUGACUCGACCGGAUACAUCCCCGGCCAGCUUGCCGAACAGGGCCCGCUCGCGACGGGCAUCGAACAGAUGCUUCUGGCCACGCCCAACCUCCUGGAGCUGUCCAUCGACCUAUUCUCCCUCGUCGCGCUGCACGCCGGGACCGCCUCGCGGCUCGAGAAGGGUUGCCAGCCUCUGCGCCUCUCGACCGAGCUCUGCGUCAUACCCUAUCUGAGCCUUCCGACCUUUGAGGAUCUUCGCGACCUCGAGCUGCUCGUAUUUGGGCUGGACCGACAAACGGCAUUCGAACUGCGCGUCGCUCUCCCGCGCCUGGAGCGCCUGACGCUGCGCUUCGUCACCCGUCGCCGAUCCGACCGGGCCAAGAGGAUCGUCUCGACGCAGCCUGGAGGCGCGAUCUCCAUCGACCACGCAGCGCUCCUCGACGCAGACAACCUCGACGACGAGGACGACAUCUUUGCAAGAUCCGAAGACAUCGACGAGUUCAUCGAAUCUCUUGAGCUGCUUCGCACCUGGCCGGGACAGGACAGCAGCAGCGGGCGGAGACUCUCGAGUCUCAGCGUCUUUACGUGGCCGUCGGCGCUUGCCGCCCUCAAGGCGCGGGUGCCUGACGCGCGUGGAACCGACGAGCACAGCUUCGACGUGGAAGCCGAACCCGGUGCUCGAUGCGAGGACAGCGAUGCCAAGGUGGACUCAAAGGUCGAUACAGAUGCGCCGCCUGCGCCUCUGUAUGCUGGCAUCGACACGAGCUAUCUCCUGGGUCCUCGUAGGGGCGCGCACGUACUUUGGCGCAAGACCCGCGCCAGCAUGGCCUGGUCCUGA